AUGCCACGAAAAGCUCAAGGUAUCGCACGCCCGUUGACAAAUCUCACCGAAGAAGUAGAGAUAGGAGACUCACUUCCAAACGGCUCAGAAAGAGCUGGUAUCCCUCCACCUGACACAGAACCCGAAACGUCGAUACGAACCGUCCGGGUACCUGAAAUCCAGGCCUUACCAGCGGGUGUACCCCCUUGCCCGACAGCGCUCGAGACCGAAGACUACUACGGUCUCUGGCGCAACAAACCCCGACUCCUCGCGCGAUCAAACUACCCCGAGGAUCAGUGGUCAGGCCUAUGCAACGACUGGUCACGUGCCGAAGAUUCCCAUCCAUUCAGACGUCUCUGGUCAGACCCGGAGGGAAUUAUCCAGAAGGAGCUGGCUGGUGCGCUGGAGUAUACGAAGUGGACAUACUUCGAGCCCUGUCGCAUCGGAAGUGCACAGCAAGAAAGUCAGGUGAAACUCCUAGUUGUUGUCGAGGCCGAAUCUACGACUUGGUCUCAUGCCUGGGUUGUCGCCAGGAUGUGUAGGGAUAUCUUGAGGGGUUACGACAUUACAGAUGUUGAGGUUGAGGUUCAGGAGUGUGCUGGUUGUUGGGUUAUCACGCGGAUACGGGAGUCGGUGGGACCCGAAGCGACUGUACAAGAUUGUCCUUUUUGUUAA